AUUUGGGCGGGAACAGAGAAUUUCAGAAAUGGGCGAGGAGAGAGAUCGAGAGAGCAACUUAUGGGCCGGGCCGGGCCGGGGCGCGGAUUUAUAUGGGCCGGAUCAGAGCGCAAAGUUGCUCAGACAGAGAAGUGAGCAGUGCAACUCCAACAACCGUGCGCCGUCCAGGGAGGAGAGGGGCGGGGGAGCUCCGUCCUCUCGUCUACUACUCUUCCCCAAGCACGGCGGCGGCCGGCCGGCCGGCGGCACGGCUGACGCGCUCCAUCUCACGCCGGUCCCAAACAACUGUUCGGCGAAAUGCCUCGCCGCGGGUCCGAGAACCAGGCAAACAAGAGAGCGGCCACCACGGCCGGCGGGGAGGAACACGAGGACCGCCUCAGCGCCCUCCCGGACCCUCCUGCAGCACGUCUUGUCCUUCCUGCCCUCGCGCCUGGCCGUGGGGACGUGCGUGCUCGCCCGGCGCUGGCGCCACCAGUGGAAGUCCGUGCCCGUCCUGCGCCUCCCAUGGUUUGACAUCGAGCGCGCACAGCCGCCGCACAGCUUUGUCAACCACCUUCUGCUCCUCCGUGACCGCGUUCCUCUCCGUGAGUGUGAAAUCGACACCUACGAGGGCACCGUAGACAUCUCGCCAUUGAUCCUUUAUGCUUUAUUAUUCCGAGUUCAGUACAUUUUCAGGAAGGAUAUGAAGAAAGGUCCUUCUUUUGGCAAGCUAAAAACAUUAAUGCUCAAUGAAUGGUGUUUUGCUGCUAAAUUUGGUGCACUAUUGUACUUUCUUCAACACUCACCAGUUCUGGAGAAGCUUAGUCUUGAAUUGCAUACGACUUCAGUUUCUAGCAGACGGUAAAGCAGGUCAGCCCUUGAUGUGUCUACUGUCUCUUGUCUGUUCAGACUUGCAUAGCAGAAUAUGCAGAUUGUGUACCAGGGGCGCUCCAUUCGUAGCAACCUGAGUGUAAUUGUUCAACUACCAAUCAGUGUGUUAUGUAGGACUUAUUUUGUUAACGGUCAAUAUGUUUGACUAUCAUGGAUGCGGCUGGAGUUUUUUCUUUUUUAAAGAUCGCUGGAGUUUGUUUAGGCUUGUGUUCGUUAGCAUAAGUCUGACCUUGCCUGCUUAAGGUCACUAAAAGUAACAUCUAUGGCCUUGUUUACCAUUAGUGUUUUUCUUGUGUUUUUAGACUUUUAUCCUCCCAACUUCAAAAACACUACUCCCUCCGUUUGGGUUUA